AUAUAUUGAAAGCUACAAGUUCAUACCCGACCACUCAAUAAACUCCGAUCGGCAGGCGGGCGGAGUUGCAUAAAUUAACUUGCAAAACCCUCCGACAAACAAAGCUACUCUAUGUGUACUCUGCUUAAAAUAGUCAUGCACUUUGAAUCAAGGUGCAAUUAAACAUCAUGCAGCGAUUGUGCAAAGUUCAAGUGAUACACAGUUAAGAUGUGUAAUAGCAACAACCUUCACAAUAUUCGUGUGAAUGUACAAAGCUUCACCACGAUAUUGUUUUUUAUUAUUGAGUGCAGCCACGAUCUAAAAGGCUUACUCGGACAAAGUAUAAUCAUGUCAGGCAGCUCUUUCAAUCGCCGAGUACUUGGUGCAACUGUUGCAACUCUAGCGGGUCUUCCCGUCGCAGCUGCUGGGAUUUUGCGCCUCAAGUACGGCCCGACGGUCUUUCAAGAUCUGGUGCAACUCCGGAAAAGUAUUCAACUGGGAAAAGAGCUUGAAACCUUACUGAAGAACAAGUUCAAAGUUAUCGAUUUCUUCGAGGCACACGCGAAGGACACUCCGGAGAAAGAGUUUGUCCUGUACAAAGAUGAAGUGCACACCUACGGUGAUCUUGACCGACAGGCCAACCAGCUCGCUCACUUCGUCCAGCGAGGCGCUAUGGCAGCCCCCAUGGACACGGUGGCAAUAUUCAUGUUGAACGAGCCUAACUACAUCGUGUCGUGGCUGGCUUUCAACAAGCUGGGUCUGAGACUUGCACUGCUGAAUAUCCACCUCAGAGGCGACGUUCUCCUUCACUGCAUCAAAGCCUGUAAUUUGAAGAUGAUUGCUUGUGGGAACGAUAAACGCCUGAUAAAAGCUCUUGAGGACCUGAUGCCUGAUCUACAAGCCCUCGGUGUCAAGGUCUGGGUCCUCGGGAAGAAUUUCGACCAUGAUCUUCCGUUUGGAAUGCUACACAUUGAUGUCAAGGCACUAAAUGAACGCAGUGACCCCAUACCUAGAAGUGUCCGAGACCAACAACCAAUAGACGAUGAUGCGUUGUAUGUGUUCACUUCAGGGACCAGUGGUCUUCCUAAGCCAGCGAAAAAUCCUCAUUCCCGCCAGCUUGGUGCUUCAUACAUACAAGCGUCGUUUGGAUUGGACAGUGAGGACGUGGUGUAUACAACUUUGCCGAUGUAUCAUAGCGCUGCUCUCGCCAUAGGCUUCUUUAACGUCGUUAGAGUUGGAGGAACUAUUGCCUUAAGUGACUUCUCAGCUCGUAGAUUUUGGGAUGACGUCCGCAGGUAUCGAGCCACAGUGAUUCAGUACAUCGGAGAAACCUGCCGUUAUUUGAUGGCUCAGCCCCCGCGUAUCGAUGACGGCAAGUACAGUCCCAAACUCCGCUAUGCCAUAGGCAAUGGUCUGCGUCCUGAUAUUUGGGAAGCGUUCCAGAGGCGAUUCAACAUCGGACAUAUCGCUGAAUUCUACGGAGCCACCGAAGCGACAUUCUCUACUUUCAACAUGGACGGCAAAGUUGGGAGCGUUGGCAGAUACCAUGGCAUUUUCAGGGCUCUAACUGAUAUCGUAGUCAUCGUUCAGUGCCAUGUACAGACGGCUCAACCGCUUCGUGGUCCAGACGGCCUGUGUAUCCUCACACCUCCAGGUGAGACGGGUCUCAUGCUGUUUCGUCUCACCGAUAAGUUAAUCUUCCACGGUUACUUGGCGAAGAAAAGCGACCAGGAGAAGAAAAUCGUAAGAAAUGUCAAGAAGAACGGCGAUAGGUUCUUCAACACCGGAGAUCUGAUGAUCCACGACAAAGAUGGUUACCUGUACUUUAUGGACAGACUUGGAGACACAUUCAGAUGGAAAGGCGAGAAUGUUGCGACGACAGAAGUAACGCAUGUCUUGAACCUGUACCCAGGCAUACAAGAAACCAAUGUGUAUGGCGUCGAGGUGCCAGGUCAAGAUGGCAAAGCAGGUAUGGCGUCAAUUGUCUUCAAGACAUCGCAGCGCCCUUUUGACCCAAAUGCCUUCUACGAUCACGUGGUCAGGUCACUGCCGCUGUACGCAUGCCCAAAGUUUCUGCGAAUCAUGAGCGAGAUGCAGAUCACGGGUACAUUCAAGCACAAGAAGACUGACCUAGCCAGAGAGGGAUUUGACCCCAACGUCAUCUCAGACCCUCUGUUCUUUAUGGACACGGACAAGAAGACUUACGCGCCCUUAGACAAUGACGUCAUGAGAAAAAUUAUCAUUGGUAAAGCAAGGCUUUAGACAUAAAUAUUAAACAAACAAAAAAUGCAGAAAAUGUGCUUCAAAGAAUGCCUGACUUAGCUUGAUGAAAAAAAUAUGACUGAUGAGCUCAAAAAAGUUGUGUUCUCUCAGCAAAACGAAAACAAAUCACAUCACAUAAGGAUGUGUGUAAAUUGUUUUCGUUUUGCUGAAAGGACGCACACUUUUUUGUGAUCCAUGGACGGAACCUUAAAAACGGCGGUUGUUUUAAAUUUCAUAACUUAAAAAGUACAUAAGUGAUUUAAAUGAUAUCCUAGAUUUUGAAAAUGCAACAUGCAGAACUUCCC